CUAAGCUGCUGCCGGGGGAGGGGACUGGGGUCGAGAAGCUGCUGCGGCCGCUGCUGGGAGACGUUAGCUGCUGUCCUUGCGGGCCGAGGGGACGCCUCCCCCCACCGCCCACCUCCCACCCCCAUCCCCCAAGGCGGACGGCGACGAGGGCUGUGUGGCCGCCGCGCGUCCCUGUGCUCGCCCUCUCUCCUGUCCACGGGCGCGCGGCGUCCGCCAUGGAAGCACAUCCGGCUGUCGCCGGGGUCUCAGGGCGCCGCGUCCCCGGCUCCCCGGAGUGAUGAGGGGUUAGGGGCGCCCUGCGUUGCGCCUUGCCGCGCGCUCCACGGGCCGGGGAGCGGAGGGUCGGCCGGGGGAGCCGGCCGCGGUGCCCGCCCCCGCACCGCCCCGCUCCGCCACCUGGGGGCGCUGCCGAGGGGGGCGCCAGCCGCCCCUUGCCGCCCCGGCGCUCCGUCGCCCCCCGGCGCCCGCCGCUGAAGCCCAGCACGAGCCCUCCGCUCGCCCGCGCCCGCCGCUCCUCAGCUCGGCGCCGACCCCCGUCCUGUCCCCAAGAUGUGGCACAACGUCGGGCUGACCCUGCUGGUGUUCGUGACCACGCUGCUGAUCGUGCUGCUGCUGAUGGUGUGCGGUUGGUAUUUUGUAUGGCAUCUUUUUUUAUCAAAAUUCAAGUUUCUGCGGGAACUGGUGGGAGACACAGGAUCUCAGGAGGGAGAUCAUGAGCCGUCAGGCUCUGAGACCGAAGAAGACACUUCGUCAUCUUCACACAGGAUCAGAUCUGCUCGGCAAAGGAGGGCACCUGCUGAUGAAGGCCACUGACCCUCACCGUGGUCCUGUACUAGUGAAUGAUGGAAGGCAGCGGGGAGCCUCUGUCUUUAAUGACCUGGCUUUGCAGUUUGGUAAAAGAUUGAAGAACAUUUUUACUUGGAUUUUAAGUCCAAUUAAAAGAAAAAGAUUUAUAUGUAAGCCAUAUGAAAAUAAAGGGAAUUAAAACCAAAUCAGCCCAUUGCAGAUUUCAUCUUAAAGAUAGUCUUUUGCCUCACUAGCUUUCUACUUACGUACUUACUCUUUGGCUCCCGGGCUUAUUUCCUUGCACUGGUGUGAAUCUUGUAAACAUUACAGGCUUGAAAAACCAUAUUUUAUUAAUUCUGUAAUGUAUGUUGUAUUUUUGUUUUUGUUUUCACAUUUUACCUUGUCCGAAAUUGGGAUAUAGCUCAUGAUUACUGUGAACCAGAAGAGGGUCACGAUUUCAUUCUCCCAGCCUGUGCGUGUGUGAACUUACUAACAGCUUGUCACAGCGUCAUCACUGUAUUGUCAGUACCAAAUGUGUCAGGUUUAAUUGGCAUUUAAAGAUGUCUUCAAAAAGAUUGCACUACGAUUCAGCACUGAAACGAAAAGUGAUUGUGUACGCAGAGAAGCAUGGAAACAGAGCGGCGGGGCGUACGUUCGGCAUUAGCGAAGCAAAUAUCCGGCGCUGGAGGAGUGACCGCCGUUCCAUAUUUUCUUGUAAAGCAACAACAAAAUGCUUUACGGGACCUAAGAAAGGAAGAUACCCACAAGUGGAUGAAGCUGUACUAUGUUUUGUUAGUGAGAUGCGUGCAAAAGGCCUGCCUGUCACGCGCCAAGCAAUGCGAUUGAAGGCAGGAGAAAUCGCCAAAUCCCUGGGAAUAGAUGAAACAAAAUUCAAAGCGACGAGAGGCUGGUGUGAUCGAUUCAUGCGCCGAGCAGGGUUGUCUUUAAGGUGUCAAACGUCGUUCUGCUCAAAACUUUCUGCCGACAUUAAACAGAAGACGCCGGUGCAGCACUCUUUCCAGAAACGCCGCCUCGCCAGUGCUCUUGACGACACCAAGGGUGCUGGUGUGUGCAAGAACGUGGGCAUCGGUGGCUGUGACUUGAGAAGUGAUUCAGAGGAGUCGGACUCAGAAUAUGAGGUUAUAGUUAUAAACUAACCGGUUAUUUCAUAUGCUUGCUUUCAGGAUCCACAAGGCUGAUGUGUUAAAAAUCUGCUUAACUCUAAAAACCAUUUCAAUAAAAGCAAAAUAAACAUUCUACACGAUAUGAAAGCAUUGUGUCAGUUUAAUUGCCCGUGUUUUUUUCUUAGUGAUGUGUAGGGUGCAUCUUACAAUUGAUGGUAUCUUAGAUAAAAAAUAGUUGGUAAAUUUAUUUUUCCUUGUAGGGUAGCCAUUAUUUAUUGGGGUACUUAAUCCUGACUCUUAUAAUACUGUUCAAAUAAUUAUUCUAUAUGAGAUACCUCUUUUUUUUUUUUUGUUGCAACGUCCUCAAGAUUUUAGAGUAGUGACUUAGGAGUCUAAGAACGGUCUUCCACUUCAGGAAGAUUAGUUGUCCCUUUGUAUGGGAGGGCUUCACGCUCAAGGCAUGUGUUGUGGAGAAAGUACCUCACAGACAAUUCAGUGACAAGACCUCAGAGGUCCUGGGUACCGAGGAUAAAACAGAGUGGGUGACAGUGUCCGCUUCACUGGAACAUAACUUGCUGGGUACCCAUGUUUGUCUUCACUGAACUUUGGACCCAGUGUUCCCCGGGGAAGAGAGAUACAGAUCAGAGACCCUUCCUGUUUAGUGUUACCUGCUCUGUACAAGAGGGAAUUGCAAAGCCGGUUUCUUUGAUGAAUCCAAGUUCCUUUAUUUGUGUGUUUACCUGUUUUUCUCAAGGACUAGUCACAGAAUAUCACCUCUGUGUUAUGACGGUGUGUAACUACGAUACCUCAUGCUCCGUGCUGAUGGUUUUGUCAACAGUCCACUUGCAUUCCUGAGGUAUGCCUCUGCUGUCACUAGUCCUUUGGAUAUACUGAAAGGGAAUUUCUAGAGUGUGUGCUUAGUUUGAAACAUCUGCUGGGGAAGAUCCCCAGCCGCUGAGAGUGCGGCAUAAUCUUUCUGUCAAUUCCUUACUGGAUGCAUUUUUCUAUUAUUCUGGGACUAUAGGGAUUCACAGAACAAUGACACAUGUUUCAAACAUUCAUGUUAGUGCUUCAUACUAGCUGGAUCUCAAAUUAAAACAGUGGUCAGUUAGAAAAAUUAAUUCUUAAAAGCUUCUUGGUACCAGGAGGAUAUUUCAUUAGAUCUUUCAUAGUCUAAUACUUUGAGCUGUGGAUUCUGUUUUAUAGUGAAUACCUUAGGUUUAGAUAAUAAUGGUUGUUGACAAACCUUAAAUAACCAGUGAGCUUCUAGGCUGUUUCACUAUUAAGGAAUGAUGGCUCUUGGAACCCCACACAACCUGCAAGGGUCAUCCACAAGUUACUACAAACGAAUCUAUGGAAGGGUGUAUGUGUUGGUAUUAUUUAUUAACAUUUAGGCUUCAAGGAUGUCUUUUUGUAGUAGAAUUUAAGGAAAUGUUCUAUUUAACUUAUUUGGGAAAUAUAUCCAGAAGCAUGUUAAUCGCUCACGCCCUACCAUAUUAUAACUCCUUGGAGAGUGAAAAAAUCACUGGUGCCAAUAUGAAAAUUCUACAAACUAGUCCCUUUGUUUAAAGCUUGUGUUUUGUUGGACUUCUUUCCCCCCGAUAACACUUGACAUAGUACGUAUUUCUAAGGCCACUAAGAAAGGCAAGAGACUACUAACACAAUUAUUUGUGUGGUAUAGUGCUUGUGUUCCUUUUCCCAUUUUAGGGCUUUCGUAGCUGCACUCAACCAGAACUUCCCAAGUACCUCUUCAGUUUCUCAGCGAGAGACUGGCCCGCCUGUGGGGGUUAAUUGUGAAGUUUAGAAGGUGCUGGGCGUUAAGAGCACAUGCAAGUGUCCGUCUUGUUUGAAUGCUUGCAGAUAGCGACGGUGAUCAGCUGUGCCACCUGUAGAGGAUAAAUUCUAACAGGGUUGUUUCAUUUCCUUACCGAUUUACCAUUCCCGCAUCUCUUUUGCCUCUCAAACUUCUGUGAAAAUUGCCUGUAUCAAAUGUACUGGUUUGCAUCGCUCUGAUUUAAACGCCAAAACAGCAACAUCAACACACCCGCUAAAUAUUAGUGUGGCGCUGUGAAGUGAGGUUUUUCAUACAUACGUUAAGCUAAAAAUAGAAUUCAUCCAAUGGAUUUUGUAGUGUUGUUUUCAUGGUGGAAACAUUAAGUACAUUGUUUUUGGUGAAUAGCUAAUUCACAUACGUGCUGACCCAUUUCUUUAGAUACUAGGUUUAAAAACCACUUCCAACUGUUAUUUUGCUGAAAGGUGGAAAUAUAUUUGCCGGAAGGUGGGUGAACCAUAUUAAUGGCUUCACAAAAUGUUAUUUUAAACCAAAAUGUGUUGAAAGAUUUGAAGGUAGUGCAUUUUUAUUUUUAGGAGCAACCUAUUUUGAAAUUAUUCUAAGUCAACAAUGCAGUAUUUUUUAAAGUCUGUCUUUCUUACAAGGUAUGUUUUAAUACAACAUGUAGCCAGUGUAACUUUAGAUCUUCAACUGGUAAACUUCAAGUGCUUUUAUAUUUGAAGUUGACUUUAAAAAGCCAAUGAGCAGUACUCAAAAGUUAUAGACUUUCUUUUUUUUUUUUUUUAGAGAAAGUCAGAUUUUUUUUUUUAAGACUUUAUUUAUUGGACAGAGAUAGAGACAGCCAGCGAGAGAGGGAACACAAGCAGGGGGAGUGGGAGAGGAAAGCAGGCUCAUAGCGGAGGAGCCUGAUGUGGGGGCUCGAUCCCGGAACGCCAGGAUCACGCCCUGAGCUGAAGGCAGACGCUUAACCGCUGUGCCACCCAGGCGCCCCAAGUUAUAGACUUUCAAGCAACUAAUGGAAUAGUAUUUUGUUACGGAGUCUAGAAUUAAAGCACCUUGUAUGGUCUGCUUUUAAGUAUCCUAUAGCUUUUAAAGCAUGAAGAAUAUAAUUUUAUCUUAUAUUAAUAAAAGUUACAUUUUCCAUUUGUUAAUGUGUGCUGCCUGUCUUAGGACCAGCAUUUAACAUUACCCUCCAGGGUAAUUCUGUGCAUAACCAUUCACCAAAUACUGCUGCUGUGGUUUCUUAAUGGAAACAUUCUGUGCUGUGCUACGAUGCAUUGUCACCCUGCUGCUUGACAAAUAGGGCUCUAAGGAAUUAGAAUUGUGUGCGUUAAUAGUACCUUGUAUAACAAAAUGUAAAUGUAGAGUUAAGGAAUGUGUGUAAAUGAUCAUUCACUGUUUUUGUUUCAAAACUGGUCAAUACUGUACCUAAAGUGUGGUUUGAUGUUUUAACUUUCACUUUAAACUGCACAGAAUAAAUUAAGAUGAAACAAAAA